AUGAGCUACGCAGCCGCAGCAGCCAGUGGCCCCUCACAAACGGCAGAGGAGAAGCGUGCCCCCGCCAUUCCUGAGCUCGAGCACACUGAUUCUCCAGUUGAAGUCUCCCUCAUCGAUGUAGACACCGAGUCCGUACACACAGUCCCAUCAGACUUCGCCUCGCAGACAAUUAAAACAGAGACCCAACGAGACCGCAUCGAGCACGAAGCCGAGGUCAUCGAGGCACGCGCGAAGGAGGCUUACGCAGCUUCCAAGGCAAAGGCUGAGAAGGCAGAGAAGGAGGCCAAGGCUAAGGCGAAGAAGGCCCGAAGCAACUUGGAGGCCAAUAGGGACAACCCGGUUUACAUUGGAAAUGCUGUUGCAGUUGUUGCUUUGAGCGCUGGGUUGGGCUUUGGUGCGUACAGAAAGUAUGCUGCUGGAGAGUUGACGUGGAAGGUGGCUGGUGCCUGGGCUGGUGUUGUUGGUUUGUUUGCUACUGGGGACUACUUCUUGAGCCAAUACCUCUUCAAGAACAAGUACCCUCCGAAGAAGUAG